CAAACAAACACAAACAUGAAAACCAUUGUCUUCCUCGGUUUCUUGGCGGUCGCCCUCGCUGCGCCUCAAGCCCUUACUGAACCCAUCCCCAUCGUGAAGCAAGUGAGCGAAAUCAACCCCGACGGCUCCUACUCAUGGGCAUAUGAAACCGGCAACGGUAUUAAUGCCAACGAGAAUGGAGCCCUGAAGAACAUCGGCGCUGAGGAGCCCGCUCUCCAGGUGGAAGGCCAGUUCUCAUACCCCAGCGAGGAAGGUGGCAACAUCCAGCUCUCCUACAUCGCCAACGAAAAUGGAUUCCAGCCCCAAGGUGCCCACCUCCCCACCCCUCCUCCGAUCCCAGAGGCCAUCCAGCGCGCCCUCGCCUACCUCGCCACCGCUCCCCCACAGGCUGAGAACUAAUUCAUGUUUGGAAAAUAGGUUAAGCACUAUUCAAUGUAAUUUAAAUUAUCAAGUAUCCCUUAAUAAUGCAAUAGACUAGCUCUAUUGCUUUAUUAAUGUUUACUUACACGCCUAUUAGAAAUUCUAUUUUAUAUCUUUGUAUUUUGUAC